CUCCCUUUCAUUCUUCUCUCCAUCCCUCUCUCUUUCUCCCUCUCUCACCUCCAGCCAGUCGGCGUUGACUCUCUUGAGCAGAAAGAUCACCUCUCCGGCCCGCAGGCUGAGCUCCAGCUUCCCGCUCCCGCUGAAGUCGAACAUCGCCUGGGACACACACACACAGACGCGCACGCAGCUACCCGCUCCCCCUCGUCUGACGGAUACCUCAGCACCGCACAGCUGCCAAGAUGGCAAUGAAAGACAUUCUCAAAGCUGAUGACAUCAAGAAGGCCCUGGAUGCUUUCAAAGCUGCCGACUCCUUUAACCACAAGAAGUUCUUUGAGAUGACUGGUCUGAAAGCAAAGUCAGCUGAAGACGUGAAGAAGGUUUUCAAAGUUCUGGACGUAGACAAUAGUGGCUACAUCGAGGAGGAAGAACUCAAAUUCGUGUUGAAAGGGUUCGCCUCGGACGGCAGGGACCUCACAGAUACAGAAACCAAAGCGUUCCUGGCAGCGGCAGACAGGGAUGGAGAUGGGAAAAUCGGGAUGGACGAAUUUGAAGCCUUGGUCCAUGAAUAAAUAGCUACGCCUGUGACUAGAUCCUGGUCUGCCGUCUCCUCCUCCUUGCGCCCCCAUCUUUGACUGCAGCACUCCGUACUCCCCACCGCCACCCCACCCCCAGUACCCCCCUCCCACCAAAGCCAGGCUCUCUCCACCCGAACACACUAGACUAGAGGUAGGAUCUCAUAGAGAGGGGGGGGAACCCAGAGGGGGCACCCACCAUGGUAGCACACCAACACUAUUUAUUUUCCUUUUUUAUACCAAUAUAGUGUGCUGUAUAUGUUUCUGUUUACUUUUAAAUAUCAAUUCAUAUUAAGAUCAUUGUAGAUAUGUAAACAGCACUUCCAUCACCUCUAUUUAUUUUACAUUUAAUAUCUCUUUAUCAUCCAUACUUAGUUUACCCCCACCAUUCCUGCUCCCUCCCUCCUCUCCUAAUGAGUCAUGAAAAACACUGAAAGAGGAAUCAUGUCAAGCUGUGAAGAGAGAAAGCAACAAAACAAAGAAAUAAAAAACAUAUUACAUUUA